AAAAAGUCCGCAAAAUGAAAAUAUCCGAGGAAAUGAAGUUAUGCAAUGGCAUUAAAGAAGAACCAAAUUACGAAGAGGAUGAAAAUCCUGGAGAAUACAACUUCUGUGACAACCAGAAUGAGGGAUAUCAAUUGAAUGCCAGAACCGCGCAAGAAAACUUCUUUCAAAAAAAUCAAAAUGACAUUAUUACAAUAUCGGAUUAUCAAAACUAUGAAAAUCAUGCUGCAUAUCAGCCGCUUAAAACCGAAUUUCCAGUAUCUGAGACAAAUCCACAAGCCUUUGGUGAAUAUCCUUUGACGUCAUACUAUCAGAACAUACCAAGUGUACACCGCUCCAAUGCAAAUUUAAAUUCAAAUGCCGAAAAUAAUUUCGAUAUGAAUCUCAAUCCCUUGGAUAGCCAAUCCUUGAUGUGCCAAACAAUGUCAAGAGACAAAGAACCGGUUUUAAAAUUUCCCUCCAAGACACCGAAAUCGGUGGUGCCAGAAAUCGAUAGGGCCUAUGGUAACACAGUCAAGGAUAUGCUGAAAUAUUUACGGGAGGGAGGAAAGCAGGCCGUCAUUAAAGGAAAUGAAGCCUUUCCAAGGCCGGCGGAGAGAAAAUUGGAUGAGAGGUCCAGAGAAAAAAUUGACAAAUCUCCAAACCCCUCAAAGGAGAAUACAAGGAGAAAAGGUAAUUGUCAACCUGAAAAUGGAGUUCUCACUUUCCCAAGCUUUCCAAAUUCGUCGGGAAAUUUUGGCUCCCAAUUAAAUGGCUUUAAUUCCACGCCUCACAACUUCCGAAAUAAUGAAGGUCCUUUGUUGACCUGGUCCCAAUUGUUGGCCACCAAUCUGAUGCCAAUUUGCAUAGCUCCAAUCAAGCCUGCGUCCAUGACAAAUGACACAUGGUUCCCCCUAGAAUCUGCAAUGCAAAAUACCACCGAACGUGAUUUGAAAUCUCAAAUAACUCCACCACAAUCUCCGCACAAUUUGUUGCCGGCAGCAUUUCUUUUGCCUUUCAGCACCAGCCAAGGAGGUUGUGAUCCUUUCGCACAACGUCCAACCGCAGCUACGUUUGUGGUACCAGAUUUGUUAACAACAUCUACGAAUGUUCACUCAUCAUCAAUCGCUCCCACCACCACCACCCCCUACCACAACAUCCUCUCCCUGCCGUCGGAGGUAAUUAACAACAUAAAUUUAGCAAAUAUUGGACAUUCCACAUUUUUUGGUAAAAGUGUCGACAAACUGGCCAAUACAACGUCACUAGCCUCAGCAUCAACACCUAACCCACCCAGAGACAAGGUGGCAUACCAAAAUAAUGAAACAGACACAGAUGCUGCGGCCACGGCAGAUGAUGACAUGGCCAUGGGGCAGAGGGAGGUAGUGGAGGACAAAAAAUUACUUGCCCCGUCUGUGUGGCAUACGAAAUGCAUAAAACAGUCUGGCAUGUCUGACUUGGAGAAUCUAAGAAAGUCAUUAACCCAGAAUGAAAACAACAAAGCAGACAGCGGCGCUGCCUUCGAUGUGACUGUUGCUGCUGCUAAAGCAACAACUAUUUCCAUGGAAACCCAGAGUUCCCAGCCGGCAACCAAACAAAAGAAAAUCAAUAACAAAGCACAGACGAUGAAAGUUAAGGAAACUGCUCACAAACAUCAUCGCCAUGGACAUGGACAACAUUACCAGCAUCCUCAUGUGGCGGGGAUGCCUACUCCAAAACAACAACAAGGACAAGUGCAUACUCCUGCUUCCUUUACUGCUUCGCCCUCCUCCUACUAUGGCGAACAAUCCUUGUUUGUUCACCAUAUCCUGGAAAGAGAUCGUCUAAUACGAGAGCAUCAAUUAAGGCAACAUUUGUUGGAGAGCAGCUCCUCUAGCCCCCAAAAUACUGGAACUACUCCUGCAACAAAACAUGCGAGUGGAAGUGGCAACACAACCACCUUGGACAACAAUUAUAAUAAUUCACGUGUUUCGUUUGGGCCACUUCAACAGCAGCAACAACACCAACACCUCUCACACCAUCCAUCCCUCCCCCACAAUCCUCAUCAUUACCAUUACAAUCACGACGGAAAACAGCAACAGCCUCUCCAGCCCCCACCGGCCUCCAAUUUUUAUAUUCGACAAAGAGGAAACCUCGUAAAUCCUGCAAAUGUGCAAGAUGCCCUUCCGAGCUGCCCGGACUUGGAAUGGGAGAAUGGAGCCGAAGAAAACACAAAACAACAAGCAGACGAAGCAGAUGAUGAAGAAGAAAACGAAAAAGUAAAUAACACCAAUGUUCAGGAUAAUAAUGAGGAUGAUGAUAAUGAUGAGGACCACCACCAUAGUCCUUCCACUAAUGAGGAGUCUGAGGCCAGGCGGGGGGAUAGCAGUAUGGCUGCCAUGGCCAUUGUUAAUCCAACUAAUUGGUAUGGUGAUGUCGAUUGUGUUGAUGACAUUUCUUGUCAGCUAACAAACGGAAAGGAAAACCAAAAAGAAUUUCGUAGACAAAAAGAAGUUGCGACACCAAAAGAAGUUCUCAUACAAAAGGAUUUUCCAAUACCAGAAGAUUUUCAUAGCCAGAAAAGUAAAGAAAAAGAAUUUGAAGGAAAAGUUGGAGCUGGAGAUGAUGGUGGAGAAAAACUUCAAUUGGCGGAAAAACCACAAGCAAAUAAUAGUGUUUUAAAUCUUUGCCAUGAUGAUGACAAACAUGAAGGACAACACUUUUCCUUGUCUUCAAGGAAGUCUAUAAAUCCGUCUUCAUCGACUACUGAUCUGGAGACAAGCCGGAUGGCAGAAAUAGUGACAAAUAAUGAAGUUAUCUCUAACAACCACAUAUCACAAACUUCAAAUGUUCCUGACAUGAACGAUGACACAUCGUCCAUGGCAUUGGUGUCUGUAAGAAAAGAUCUACGACACAUGUCCAAAUCACCUUCACCCAUACGAUCCUUAUCAGCUCCCCACUAUGACAAUGAAGAUUUGAAAGAAACAAAAUACUGCGCCUCCUCACCCUCACCCACAAAUCUCAGCAACAAGAGGCCAAGAGAAUUGGAUUCGGAAAUGGAAAAUGAGGUGUUGAAUUUGGCCACUCACAGCAAUACUCCGAAGAGGCAAAAUCGUUCUCCCUCACCCAUUAUGCAGGACGAGAAACCUCAAGAAACCAACGCCAGCUCCCCAUUUUCAGCACCCAAUAACUUCCUGGCUGCCUUGCAAAAUCCCUUGGCCCCCUUCCUACUGCAAAAUCAACUUGGCUUGGCCGCUGCAGCCCAGGCUGCCUUGCAACCCGAGGAUAUGCAGCAGGCUUUUCAGCUGCAACUGCAAAGUUACAUGGAAAUGAUGCGUCAAAUGGCCCCAGAGACUCUACAAAAUCCUGCUGCUGCCCAAUUUCUUUUGCAAAACUCCUUGCAGGCCAUGAUCCAGCUACAGGCCUUGCAGCAAUUGAAACAACAGCAGCAGCAACAAAUCCCACCCCAACCUGAGGUGGAAGACGAAACCCCCUGUAAGACACCCAACAUGGAGAUGAUGAAAAAAUACUCCACUCCACAAAAUAAGUCUCCUCUCAGGAGUCCCUCUCUCAGUCCAGUGUCACGCCAUGGCUCAGCCCGCCUGCACAACAGCGGCUCGGGUACCCCAGCCACUUCAACGGCAGCCUCAAUGCACUCCCAGCAGCAGCAGACCACACCACCCAACUCCGCCCAUUUACCCAUGACCUUGAGCAGUGCUGCCAUGACCCCCAAUACACCCGGCAUGACACCAGCCUUUCCACCCUCAUCCCUGGGCCAGAACUCAGCUCUGAGUUUCUCCAGCACUCCACAAAACUCAAAAAGUUCCGGAGCCAACACUCUAUCUCAAGCAGCCCGUACCUUGGAUCAAAGCCCUGAAGAAACCACAGAUCUUGAGGAGUUGGAACAAUUUGCCAAGACCUUCAAACAAAGGCGCAUAAAAUUGGGUUUCACCCAAGGUGAUGUGGGUUUGGCCAUGGGUAAAUUAUAUGGCAAUGACUUCUCACAGACCACCAUUUCCCGUUUCGAGGCCUUGAAUCUGAGUUUCAAAAACAUGUGCAAAUUGAAGCCUUUACUGCAAAAAUGGUUGGAGGAUGCCGAUAACACUGUCUCUAAACCGGGUGGCAUUUUCAAUCUCUCUGCCAUGACCUCAGCCCCCUUGGCCACACCCGAAAACAACAUCAUGGGUAGACGUCGCAAGAAGCGUACCUCAAUUGAGAGCAAUGUACGCUCCACCCUGGAACGGGCCUUUGCCAUCAAUUGCAAACCCACCUCCGAGGAAAUCAAUCAAUUGGCCGAUCAAAUGAACAUGGAAAAAGAAGUGGUGAGAGUAUGGUUCUGCAAUCGUCGUCAGAAGGAGAAACGUUCCAACCCCUCGCUGGAUUUGGACAGUCCCACUGGUACCCCGCUCAGCAGCCAUGCCUUUGGUUAUCCUCCCCAGUCGCUAAACCUCACAAAUGGCCAUGAAGCAUCUUCGUUGUGCGGCAGCUCCAUAAGUUCUCUGUCUCCCAAUCCCCAUCACUACAGCGGCAAUGGCAAACAUGAAUGAUGUUGGUACGCCAAGGAAGAUCCGCAUAACGGUUAUGUAGAUAACAUGGAUGCACAGCAAACAUAUCAGCAGCAAUGUAUGGUGGUGGGGUCCGCACAGGGUUCGAUAAUGGCAGCGACGCCAGAUGCAGAUGGCAGCUACAUCUCAAUGGUGAACAGCAGCAACAGCAGCAAUUAUCCAUAUCCCUCGUCGUCGUCGUUCUCUCACAGCAACAACAACAAUUAUAGCGAUUCCUUUGGAGAAGAUCUGCAGCGGCAGCAGCAGAAUUUUCCGGCAAUAUCCUCAUGGCACAAACAAGCUCAGGAUUUCAAUCAACAACAACAACAAGAACAUUAUCAGUAUUAUUCCAACUCCUCGUCUUCAUCUUUACAACUGGCAACUUGGCCACCCAACUCCAAGACGUAAAGAAAUUUCGUUUUUCUCUCCCUCGCUCUCUCACUCUCUUCGAUAACUUGUUGGUUGCUCUGAAAAGAAUUAAACCCUCAGCCUCACUUUGGUCGCCAACUCUGCCUAUAAAUAUGCGACCUUUAUAAACAAGCCUAGGCAUUGAAUCUGUAAAUAAUCUAGGGAAAGCCACUCCUCUCUCUCCCCCUCCACACCUCUACGACAACAUUCCAUUUCAGUAUUCAUAUCAAGAAGAAGAAGAAACAAAAAUCAAAAAAUGAUGAUUUUCUUCAAAACCAAACAAAUGAAAAGAAAAAAAAAUAUCUAAUAUUGAAACACUCUUCCAUUAUUUGAUAGUUUUUUUU